GUCACAAGCCUAGCACUCCCAUCUCUCUUCCAACUGCUUCUACGUGCAUCUCCAUAUCCGUCUUUUGUUAAUAGUCACACCCAGCCGGAGAUAAGAAACCCUAGAACACAGUACUGUGCAAGCUGAUCGGAAAUAAGAAGAGCAAACCACUGGACGUCUUCUCUUUUUGGAUGAUAAAACCCGCUUUUUCUCUUAAACAUUUUAUAUUUCCACAAUGGGAGCAAGCCGCAAGCUACAAGGCGAGAUUGAUCGCGUUCUGAAGAAGGUCCAAGAAGGCGUCGAUGUUUUCGACAGCAUCUGGAACAAGGUUUAUGAUACGGACAAUGCAAAUCAGAAAGAGAAAUUUGAGGCAGAUUUGAAAAAGGAGAUAAAAAAGCUACAGAGAUACAGGGAUCAAAUAAAAACAUGGAUUCAAUCUAGUGAGAUCAAGGAUAAGAAGGUUAGUGCCUCUUACGAGCAGGCUUUAGUGGAUGCUCGAAAGCUUAUUGAGCGUGAAAUGGAGAGAUUUAAGAUCUGUGAGAAGGAAACAAAAACAAAGGCAUUUUCUAAGGAAGGGCUGGGCCAACAACCAAAAACUGAUCCAAAGGAGAAGGCUAAAUCAGAGACAAGGGAUUGGUUAAACAAUGUGGUUGGGGAGUUGGAAUCUCAGAUUGAUAGCUUUGAAUCUGAGAUUGAGGGACUCUCUGUUAAGAAAGGAAAAACAAGGCCGCCUAGACUGACACAUUUGGAGGCGUCUAUUGUACGACACAAGUCUCAUAUAAUGAAGUUAGAAUUGAUCUUGAGGCUACUGGAUAAUGAUGAAUUGAGUCCUGAGCAGGUCAAUGAUGUCAAAGACUUUCUUGAUGACUAUGUGGAACGUAAUCAGGAGGAUUUUGAGGAAUUUAGUGACGUUGACGAGCUUUACAGCUCAUUGCCACUAGACAAGGUGGAGUCUCUUGAAGAUCUUGUUACAGUUGGUCCUCCUGGGCUUGUCAAGGGUGCACCAAUUCAUGGCUUGAAGACUAAUUUAGUAGCACCAGCAUCAGCAUCGACAUCAACAUCUCAAAUGCCUGCUAUUGCCACUUCUGCUCAUCAACAGGCUACUUCUGUUCAGGAGCAAGCUGAUGAUACAGCUUCGCAGGAUAGUAAUUCUGAUAUUGUUGCCAGAACUCCACCUGCCAAAAGUGGUAUUAUUGGUUCUUCUGCUGCAUCAACACCAACCAUGAAUCAUGCAACUCCUGUUUCAGUUGGGGUUUCGGCUCCUAUAUUUUCUAGUGUUUCAGCCUCUUCAAUUCUUCCAAGUUCAAUUUCCGUUAGAGGUGUGCUGGAAAAUGCAGCUUCUGCCAUUCCUUCCUCUCCUGCAACCCUGGGAAAUUCUGGGAAGGAGGAAGAAAUUGCAGGCUUUCCUGUCCAUCGGCCUUCACCAGCUCUUGCUGAUCCUGGAUUAGCAAGGGGCAUUGCUAGAGGUAGCCUCCCUAGCCAGCCUUCAUCUAGUAUCCCUCUUAGUUCUGGUGCAGUUCCUAGCAAUGGAGCUCUUAGUGCAGUAACGUCGGCAUCUGACAUUGCAAAAAGAAGUAUUUUAUCAACAGAUGAUAGACUUGUUAGUAGUGGAAUGGUGCAACCUUUGACUUCUCCAUUAAGUAAUCGAAUGAUCUUGUCUCAGACUGGCAAGAAUAAUGAUGCAACUGGUAUGGUUGAUUCUAGUAAUGUUGGUGAAGCUGCUGCAAUAGGUGGAAGAGUAUUUUCUCCUUCUUUGGUCCCUGGCAUGCAAUGGAGACCUGGAAGUUCAUUUCAAAAUCAGAAUGAGCCAGGGCAAUUUCGUGCAAGAACUGAAAUAGCACCUGAUCAGAGGGAGAAAUUUUUGCAACGCCUUCAGCAAGUCCAGCAACAAGGUCAUAGCACCCUUCUUGGUAUGCCACCUCUUGCUGGUGGAAAUCAUAAACAGUUUUCUGCCCAACAAAACCCCUUAUUGCAACAGCAGUUUAAUUCUCAAAGUUCAUCCAUCUCUUCUCAAGCUAGUCUGGGACUAGGAGUUCAGGCACCUGGUCUCAGUACUGUUACAUCUGCUGCCAUUCAGCAGCAAUCCAUUCAGCAGCAAAACUCCAUCCAUCAACCGUCUAGUCCUCAAGUUGUGAUGUCAAGUGGUGUAAAAGAUGCUGACGUUGGCCAUUUGAAAGCUGAGGAGCAGCAGCAACCUCAGAAUUUACCUGAUGAUUCAAUUCCUGAAUCUGCUGCUACAUCUGGGCUGAGCAAAAAUCUUGUGAAUGAGGAUGAACUGAAAGCUACAUAUGCAAUGGAUACACCUACAGGAACAUCUGCUUCUUUGGCAGAGCCUAUUCAAGUGCCUAGAGAUAUUGAUCUCUCGCCUGGGCAACCCAUACAAUCCAGCCAGCCUUCUACUGCCCUUGGUGUUAUUGGUCGGAGAAGUGUCUCCGACCUUGGUGCCAUUGGUGAUAAUCUCAGUGGAUCUGCUGUGAAUUCUGGGUCAAUGCAUGAUCAGUUGUACAAUUUGCAGAUGCUUGAGUCUGCUUAUCACAAACUUCCACAACCUAAGGACUCAGAACGAGCUAGAAGCUAUACUCCGAAGCACCCUGCAGCCACACCUCCCAGCUAUCCUCAAGUUCAGGCACCUAUUGUAAAUAAUCCUGGAUUCUGGGAACGAUUAACCAUGGAUAGUUAUGGCACUGAUACUUUAUUCUUUGCAUUCUACUACCAACAGAAUACAUAUCAGCAAUAUUUGGCUGCAAAAGAACUAAAGAAGCAAUCCUGGAGAUAUCACAGAAAAUACAACACCUGGUUUCAACGGCACGAGGAACCCAAAGUUGCUACUGAUGAAUAUGAACAGGGGACUUAUGUUUACUUUGAUUUCCAUAUCGCCAAUGAUGACCUCCAACAUGGAUGGUGUCAAAGAAUCAAGACUGAGUUCACUUUUGAGUACAACUAUCUUGAAGAUGAACUUAUUGUCUAGAGGAUGCACCGUGCCAUAACAAUCACCCGAAUCAGAUUCAUAGCUCACAUCUCUCUUUUUUUUUUUUUUAUACAGUUACAAGAAGUUUUUAGUUGGAUAUGUUAGUAUUACUUGUGUAAAUUGUGAUUUAUUCUUGUCAGCAUUGUACAACAGAAACUAGCCAGUCUUCUUUAAAAAAACUCUUUUUUCCCA